UCGCCGCUUCCAUUUUGAGUCGAGACGAUGAAGUGGCCGAGAGCGAACGUACAGGCAGUUCUGUGAGAGACUCCGUGAGCGUUCCACCUCUUAGUGCUUCUGUGGCAUGGUGACUGUAGUUUAGUGAGCAUACAGUGGUAUUUGUUAAAGUGAUAAACAUGGAUGUGGCCAUGAAGCUGGAUUUCGACAGCUGCGACGACGAGGAGGUGAACACAUCGUUCCACACGCUGAGCUCGGGCUGCGACGUGGAGGAUGGCGGCGAGUUUUCCAGCGACGAUUUAACCACAUGCAAGCCCCCGAGCCCUCCCACCUCGCGCCUCUUCAGCCCCAGAAAGUGCAGACCGGUGAACACACACAGCAAGCCCGAGGACGAGAGCCCGCAGCAAGUGCUAGACUCGCCUCCCUACAAGAAGAUCCGCGCGCUGCGGCUCUUCGACUCGCCCGCGACGCCCAAGACGCUCCUGCAGAAGAGCGCCGCCGAGUCCUCCGUCAGCAAGGCCAACCCCAGGCUGCGGCUCUUCCCCGCGGGCAGACCCAGACACAGACCCAUGGCCUGGACUGUGCCCGCCACGCCGCCGCCGCCCCCGCCGCCGCCGCAGACGCAGAAGGAGACGAAGGCGGUGGUGAUGGAGGUGGCCAACAUCAACCCCUUCACGCCCACGGGGAUGCUCCUCUCCUCCCGCAAGAGGACGAGAUCGCGGAGGGAGCUCGACGGCUCGCCGAGUGACACAAGCUUCCAAACGACCAUGGAUAUGAGCAUGGACGACUGUUGUUGCAACGACUCCUGUGACGAGUGCGAAGACGAGACCGGACGACCGACCAAAAGACUAGCCAUCCACGAAGCCAAUGUCUCCAGAUACAACCACGAAUUCUUGGAAUUGUCUCUCAUCGGGCAGGGAGAGUUCGGCAGUGUAUACAAAUGCAGACAUCGGCUGGAUGGCUGUGUGUACGCGAUCAAGAAGUCCUUAAAACCAGUAGCAGGUUCAGUUAAUGGGAGAAUAGCCCUAAACGAAGUAUAUGCACAUGCUGUUUUAGGCAGACACCCCCAUGUUGUCCGGUAUUACUCUGCUUGGGCGGAGAACGAUCACAUGAUCAUCCAAAACGAAUAUUGUAACGGUGGAUCCCUAGCAGAUAUUAUCGAUAGCAACAGAAGAACAGGCAGAAAAAUCAGUGAACACACGCUAAAGCAGGUCCUCCUCCAUUCAGCGAAAGGUUUAAAGUAUAUCCACUCGUUACAACUGGUCCACAUGGACAUCAAGCCAGCCAAUAUAUUCGUGUCUAGAGAGCAGAAGGUGAAUCUACAGGGUGAGGAGUCUGCAGAUGAUGGCUUUGAAGAGGAGCAAGUAGAAGAGGAAGAGGAAGUCACAUAUAAAAUUGGUGAUCUUGGUCACGUCACGUCGGUUGUAAAUCCAGAAGUUGAGGAGGGUGACUGCAGAUAUCUUCCCCGGGAAAUACUACAGGAAGACUUCUCACAGUUACCGAAAGCAGACAUCUUCGCCCUAGGUUUAACGUUGUACGAAGCUGCAAGAGGCCAGCCACUACCCUUGAAUGGCGACGAGUGGCAUGCCAUCCGCAAUGGAGAACUGCAGCCUUUGCCAGGGAUACUGGAGCUUCAGUUGCUACUGAAACAGAUGGUCCAGACUGACCCUGCAGCUCGCCCCUCAGCUGCACAGUUGGUACACCACAAUUCCUUCUGCCCCCCAACGAACAAAUCCAGGGCGGAGCUCAGAAGGGAACUAAAUGCGGAAAGAUUAAAGAAUGAAAUUCUCUCUCGUCAGUUGAAGGAAGCAGCAAACUGCCUCCAAAGUUUAUCUCCUAAUGUAGCUUCCAAUUUAGCGGCAGUGGCCUCAGGUGUCCUAGCAGGCGUUGCGACUGUAGGUGUUCCUUCUUUACCUGCGCCAAGAGCAGGACCUACCACUAGAAAUUCACGAUUAAUAGGCAAAAAAGUGAACAGAAGUGUGAGUACAAGUAAUUUCUAAAUUAUAGAAUAUUUUAGGAAAUUGUAUUGCAAGAUUCUAAUUUAAU